CUCUCUCUCUCUCUCUCUCUCUCUCUCUCUCUCUCUCUCUCUCUCUCUCUCUCUGUUAAAGAAGCUCAGAUACAACAUCUGCCUACAGAGAACCAAGCUUUUCUUAUAGGAAAAAAAGUCUUUUUUUGGCUCUUCAAAAAUCAAACAGACAAGACUUUGUUGUUGCCUUCGCUUAUUAGAAUCUAUCUCUCUCUCCCCCAUGGACUUGCAACUGAAGCAAUGGAGAAGCCAGCAGCAGCAGCAGCAGAAUGAGUCAGAAACACAAGCUUCUGCAGCAAAGAUACCAAAACUUGUCUUUGAUCAAUCCCAAACUGCGACUUCUGCUGCACUCCCUCUCUUUGCUCAUGAACCUGAAGCUACCUCUUCUAAACUCGCCUCCUUGUCAGGUUUUGCUCUUGAAUCUUCCUCCAGAUCCCCAAAGAUGGGGGGUUUCUUCAGCUGGAGUCAGUGGCAAGAGCUUGAACUACAAGCACUGAUCUACAGAUACAUGUUGGCCGGCGCUGCUGUUCCUCACGAGCUCCUUCUGCCCAUCAAGAAAAGCCUUCUUCAUCACUCUCCUUCCUAUUUCCUUCAUCACCCUCUUCAACACUUGUCUCCUCACUAUCAGCCUCCUUGGUAUUGGGGAAGGGCAACGAUGGAUCCCGAGCCGGGGAGGUGCCGGAGAACGGACGGGAAGAAAUGGAGAUGUUCGAGGGACGUUGUGGUGGGCCACAAGUAUUGCGAACGUCACAUGCACCGUGGACGCAACCGUUCAAGAAAGCCUGUGGAAAUCCCCACUCCUAGCGCCACCAACGCCGUCACAGCCACUGUCAAUUUCGGCCGUGGUGGUCUGGUGGAGGGUAAUACCAACAACAACAGCAAUGGACAGAGUUUCUUCUUCUCUGCUUCUUCACAAUCUUCUCAACUUCUCAACAUCAGUCAGAGCUGUACGGACACUAAGACAUUGAACAACAACAAGAGACCAUAUGAAUAUUCUCACAGUGGUUUCGGCGACAACACAUCGGACAGUGGUCACAUCCUUAGGAGCUUCUUCGACGACUGGCCACGUGGCAGUGGUGGCGGCGGCGGCGAUGCCACAUCAUCGAGCACCAUGAGCUCGGCCACGUGUCUGUCCAUCUCGAUGCCCGGGAACAACCCCUCUGACGUCUCCUUGAAACUCUCCACGGGCAACGGAGAAGAAACUAACGGUAACGGUAAUAAUGGUAGGGAGCAUCAGAGCCGGUGGGACGGGACCCACCACCACCACCAGAUGGGGGGCCCAUUGGCGGAGGCGCUGAGAUCAUCGACGGUGGCCACGUCAUCGCCGACGAGUGUACUACAUCAACUUGGGAUUGCAACAAAAACCUUCCAUUGAUAUGUUUGUCUGUUUUUUUUUUCAUCUUUUAACGUUUGUUUUUUUAGUUGUGUUCUGUUUCGCUCGUUUUGGAUGUUUUGAUCGUUUUGUAUUUGUUUUCUCUCGAUCGAUUGAUCGAAAACUGUAACAUCGCUUGGUUUGAUCUAGGGGUGGUCAUUUCGGUUAUUAACCGAAUAA